UUUAAUUGACCUUUAAUACUCUGAUUCCAUCUCAUGUAAAUCGUACAUUACAAUAUGAUUAUGAUUAAUAAUCAACUCUUAGAAAAUCAGGUUCAAAUGUACAAAAACGUCAUAUGUAUAUAUUAAAAAAAACAAUAGGCUUGUGUCAACUAACAAUGAAACCAAUGGAUGAAUGUUUCUAGGCGUAAAUUGUAAUAUUUAAUCAAGGAAAACCGAAAUAAUUCCUCAUAAAAAAAUAAGAUUAUUGUUAUUUUUACAAAUUAAAAUCAAAAAAAUACCCCCCUGGCCCCUCCGCCGUGAACGCCAAUUAGAACGUAUUACGUCACAUGGUGAUAUGCGCCAUUGUUGUUGUUGACGUUUGGUUAUGAUUUUCAUACAACAGCACAAGUCAUUUCGUUUUUUUCUAUUAUUAUCAUUUUUCGACAAGUUGAGAGUGUUAUUUCCACCCAUAUCGGAUAAUACUAGCAUAAACUGCCAUGGAACCUGGAUUUAUCAAAGCGAACAGCAAUAAUUUACCUAAAAUUGACGCUGUUAUGCUAGGCCGAUUUUUCGCGUCGAACACUGACUUUUGUUCAUCGGAAUUUCGUAAUGUUAAAACUUCUAUGUCUUCACGAGCUUCGUACGGUGACGACGCUAUAAGCUACGUACAGCUAAAGCGUGAUGAUAAAUUAUGCACUGUCAAGUGCAAGAUUUGUCCUGAACACAAAGUUCACGCAAAAUUGUAUAGAUGCACACUUGUAGUGGAUGAAGAAGAGGACAUUAUCAUCUCCAUUCAAUGCCAUGACUGCGUGGCUUCAAAGGGUGGCUGCAAACAUGCAAUAGCCUUCCUGAUGUGGGUUCAUCGCCGUAGUGAAGAGCCUUCUUGUACCGCAGUAGAAUGCUACUGGAAAAAAUCCAAAUUAUCCAGAGUUGGUUCCAGCUUAAAAUUUAUGACAGCAAAAGAGCUAUCAAAUGGUAAUCAAUUAUUACCAGCAAACAUGUCAGUGCUAACAGAGUUUUUGGAUGAAGCAAGAAAGAGGAAAAUUCAAAAUUGUGAACUUUUAAAGUACCAUAAUAAUUUCAUUUUAAGUGACACAUAUGCCAUCUCGAUGCAUCAUCUUAUGUGCAAAUACAAACACAAAGGCGUUGAUGAUUUUUUACAUAUGUCUAACUGAAUCUUUAAUAAAUAAAGAUGAGGAAGAAACUAGAGAACAGCACAAGUGUAAUUUAUGGUAUGAAUUAAGAUAUGGCCGCAUAACCGCUUCAAGAGCAUAUGAAGUAAGUCGUUGUAAGACAGCAGAUGGCACACUUGUGUCACUUAUUUUGGGAGGGAAAAUACCCGACACAGUAG